UGAGUAAAGUUGGGUCAAAAUAGCAAGUGGGGAAGGUAGCAGCAAAUGAAUGAGGCAAAGGAACAGCAAAAAAGAAAGUUAAAGAGUUCAGAGGGCAGCAGUAAAAGCUCUGAACCGUACAAUCUUCUGAGAGAGAGAGAGUGUGUCAGGUGGUGCAGGUGCAGGUGUGCAGAUGGCUGUAGAGAGGGAUAGAUAGGGAGGGCCAGGUACUGCAUUGCAUUGGCUUUCAGUUCAGACACCCACACACACAACUCCAAAGUCCAAACCCUACACAACCCACCAACUUUUCCUUUCUUCCUCUUUCUCUUUUCACAGUGUCUUUACUUAAUGCACUCUCUUGUUUGAGUUUUCAAGUUUUAUGGGUUUCCGCAGAGUUGUCAGAGACAAAGAGCUGCCAAAAACAGGCAGCUCUGCUACCCAACCCAGCAGCCUGCAGCAGGCCAGGCAGUCAUAAUAUGGCCACAGUCCCCACACCCUCUCUCUCUCUGCUCUGCACCAUUACAUUAUGUCAGGCAGGCAGCUGCACCACCUCCACCAUUAUCAAUCAACAGCAGCAGCAGCAUUAGUUUCUAAUCUUUCUAUUUCCUUCUGCUAGUCUGCUUUCCUUCUUCCUUUUUCCCUUUUACCUUCCUCCCUUCAAUCACACAAAAGAUUCUGCAAAACCCAAAUGGUCCCUGAAAUAAAUAUCCCUACUCUACCUUGCUCUUCUCCUUCUCCUACUCUUCUUCUUCUUCUUUCAGCCUUUUAAGUUCUUACUAUCAAUCAAAAAGGGAAUCUUAAAUCAAACACCAAAACCCAUUUCCAUUUUCUGCAUUGAGUAGUGUCAAUUGCUCCCCCCAAAUAUUCUUCUUCUUCUUCUUCUUCUUCUCUGGUGUUCUUGCUGCUUUGCUGCGCGGGGCAUGAUGAGUGGAAGAAGCAGCAGGUUCCCCUUCACUGCAACUCAAUGGCAAGAGCUGGAGCAUCAAGCAUUAGUCUUCAAAUACUUGGUGUCAGGACUCCCUAUCCCACCUGAUCUCCUCUUCACCGUCAAAAGAAGCUCUUCUUCCUCCUCUCCCUGCAGCAGCUUCGACUCCCCACUUCUCUCCUCCGAGCUCUUCCCUUCCCAAUCUCCCCACGUUGGAUGGAGCUGCUUCCAGUUGGGUUUGGGGAGGAAAAUAGACCCGGAGCCAGGGAGAUGCAGAAGAACCGACGGCAAGAAAUGGAGGUGCUCGAAAGAGGCUUACCCAGAUUCCAAGUACUGCGAGAGACACAUGCACAGAGGUAAAAACCGUUCAAGAAAGCCUGUGGAAGUUGCUACUACGACCCUAUCAAUCACCACCACCACCAACAACAACUCAUCAUCAUCACCAUCGCCAAAACUCGCCAACCAUUCCUCUCCUUACACUCACACCUCCCUCUCCUUGUUCUCUUCUUCCACGGCUGCUGAUGACCACCACCAUGAUCAUCAUCUUCAGCAAUCCCAUUACCCACAUCCUCUUUCCACUUACAACCACAAUCACCUCCUUUCUUCGUCUCAUCCAUCUGUCGCUGCUCGGCACCGCCCGCCCGACUCCACCAGCUUGCUUCUCGACUCUGCUGGGUACUGUUCCCUCACUGCAGCGGAUUUCAGGAGCCGGAGCAUUUACGGGUUGAAAGAAGACGCUGACCACGAGCGCGCAUUCUUCUCAGAAACAUCUGGGUCGAUGAGAAGUUCUUCGGACGACCCAUGGCGGCUGAGCCCACUGGGCAUCAACUCCUCGUCAUCGUCUUCCUCUUCAUCAUCGUCUUCAAAACAGAGGAGCUCGUCCGGGUUACAGAGCGAUUACUCGUAUCUCCAGCUUCAGAGCAACCUGAGCGAGGAGAGUUAUUCCACCAAGCAGAGUAAUAACAGCUACCUUGUCGACGGCAAGGCUCAAACCAUGAGGUUCAGAGGAGGAGAAGAAACCCAAAAGACGACGGUCCAUCGAUUCUUCGAUGAAGGGCCGCCGAAGAACAACAAGGAUCAGCCGCCGUCGUGGCUUGAUUUGGACAGCAGCACCAGGCUAUCCAUCUCCAUCCCCAGUUCAUCUUCGCUCGACUUCCCAAUCUUCAACUCCAGAACCCAUCAGCAUCAUUAAUUAAUUAAUUAAUUAACACUAAUCCUCAUGGGUGGUUGGAGCUUUCUUUUCUUUUAACUUUUUCCUUGUACUUGGGUUUCAGCUGGUGGUUGUGGUGGAAACAACAGUAUUUUGGGUUGUUACUUGUUAGGUCUGAUCUUAGACAACAAAUAUCUAGAGUCGGAAUGGAGCUAGGUUUAGUUCACGAGGGGAAGAAUUGUAACAUCUAACAUGUAGUCCGAUGUUCUAGUGUAUGUAUAUCACCAAAACGGUAAGAUGACGACCUAGAUCUCUAUCGUUUUCAAAUUUAAAUUCGGACUUGAAAAUGAAGACCUGAUUCUAAAUCUAAAAUUUAGAUUCGUCGCUGACGAUAUUACUCAUCUUGGAACUAUUGGAGAUGUAGCUGUUGGCUGUAUCUUUCAGAAUCAAUGUAAUUUGCCCACAAAAUUAUGUGAUGUGGGGAUUGAAAGAGGAUCCUAUGUGUCUGUUUGUCUUUCACUUGUGUUUUUGUCGAUGUUUUAGUUGGAGCACAUUCAAAGAAUUAACAUGGAUAGAUGGAUUGAAUGACAGACCAAAUCUGUACUAUGUUGGUUUGUUUGUUUAUUGCGACUAACAAGAAAGGUGGUGAGAGGUGUGUUGUGGUAAAAAUGUAAGAAGUAAAUGGUGGUAAUGAUGGGCUGUCUGUAAAUUUGUCUUUGACGAAGGAGAUCGAGGGAGCACUUGAUGG